AUGUCCUUUCAAGUGAAGUUGCAGACGACCUUCAUAAACUGGGUUUAUCACUUCCGGCUCCGCCGUGGAUCAAUGUUCGUCUUGCUACUUCUUCUGACCAUCUCUGCUUUCAAGGGAUUCCUCACCGUAUCUCAAUACUUCUCUCGUGUCCAUACGUUUGCUUACUCAGGUGUCACUUGGAGAAGAUGUACCAAUAACGGCAAGAACAAUAUCUCCUGGAUUCCUAUCGACAACACUAACGCCCAUGUGCCGAUAACGAAGAAGCCGGAGCGUCAGCAAUCAUCCCCGGAUGUCAUCGCCGCAGUUGCCGGACCCGUCCUUCAGUUCCACGAGAGGAUUGACACUGACAAGAACAACCCCUACGAUGCCGACGUCUUCGAGGCAUUCGACCGGGAGAGACGGACACAUCACGAGGACACACGGAGAACGCCCAGGAAACCGAGCCACCAACAAAGCGACGGCGAACUGAUCGACGCAUAUGCAGCACCUACUCGCGCAGCAGCGAGCUCGGGGACAACCGCAAUGCGACGGGCGAAGUUCGCUGUCCCCGUGGCAGUAGGAGUGCUUGAACUGGGCCGAUUUCUCGCGGAUGUCGUCUUUACCAGACAGAUGCCGUUACUGAAGGAUUCGCUUAUCGUUCUACUGUUCUAUCCUCUGAGUGGCUGGGAGGGAGACGAGAUUUACGUGGAGGGAGCGCCAUCGAGCGAGGAGCUAGAGAAGCUUGCGGAAAGUCUGCAUGGGAGGCUUGAGACUGAGGAUGCUAGAUAUAGGGUUAUCAAGCAUGACAAUACUGCCAAAGGUGAAUCAAAAGGGGAUUUCAGUCGUGGGGAGCAGCGGGGAGCAGCGGGGAGCGUGAAUCUUGCAAGUCAAUCAAGCGCUACCAUCAUUCCGAGUUGGACUAUUCUGGGUCUUCGAGAUAAUUUCUUAAUGAAGCCUGAAGGACUGGGCAGAAUGCCCCGCAAGAACAGGUCAAAACGUCAAAAACAUACAACACCAGGUAUUCGCUGGUCGUCACCGACCCAACUACUAAUCCGGCCCUCAUUGGCUUAUCUAUGGGAGAGCGGACGGGAUCCCGAGUUUUCCAAUAGGUAUGGUCGUAUGUGCCAGAGUGCGCAUGCUAAGUUGAUAAUAUUCACAGACAGCUGUAUUCAGGCUUCUGGAAGCAAGUCACUGGAAAACGGGGAAGAUGCAACUCUAGGGUCUCAGCGGCAGAGAAGCGGGCCAGCUAAGGCAGAGUGUCAUCAUCAAUGGUUCGAUAAACCUUGGAUGGGUUUGUUUCAAGGGCAAGAUCUUCAGACGAUGAAGGAUGUCCAUGUCCGUGCCGAGUAA